AUGCUCCGCCUCCACAAGUAUGUCCUCACCCAACUGCUCCCUUCUUCCUCUGCCUCUACCAUCUCCCUCCUUCUCCACCGCCUCAUCUCCGCCGUUUCCCCCAACCCUAGUAGCUUUGCGGCGGAGGAGUACCUCGUCGCCACCUGCGGCCUCACCCGACCACAGGCCGCCAAGGCCUCUCCGAAGCUCUCCCACCUCAAAUCCCCCGCCAAGCCUGACGUGGUGCUCUCCUUCCUCGCCGGUCUCGGCCUCUCCACCGCCGAUGUCGCCGCCCUCGUCGCCAAGGACCCCAAGUUCCUCUGCGCCGGCGUGGAGAGAACCCUGGCCCCCGUCGUUGCCGGGCUCGCCGGCCUCGGCCUCUCGCGUUCUGAGAUCGCGCGCGUGGUCUCGCUCGCCGGUGAGUUCUUCCGCCGCAGAUCUGUCGCCUUGAAGCUAUCCUACUUCCUAUCAGUCUUCGGUUCCAACGGUGACCUGUUCCGGGUACUCAAGCACAACCCCAAUCUCCUCGGAUGCGACCUCGACAAGGUUGUCAAGCCCAACGUCGCCUUCCUCCGGGAGUGCAGGCUUGAUAAUUGCGUUAUUGCCAAGCUGUGCAUCCAUUCGCGAUGGCUGCCCGCCAUCAACCUGGAACGCCUCCGGGCAAUGGCGACAUGCGCCGAAGGUAUAGGUGUGCCACGUGGCUCUGGGAUGUUCAGACGGGCCUUGCAUGCUGUCGCACUUCUCAGCCAGGAGAAGAUCACCGCCAAAGUGGACUACUUGAAGAACACGUUCAGGUGA